AUGAGAGAGGUUCACUAUCUACAUUACUUAAAUAGCCUUCAUCAUGACGAUUAUUUUGCUGCUGUGGAGAAUCUUCAUUGCUACUUUGAUUACAGUGCAGGGAUAGAGGGAUUUGAUUUUGUUCCACCUUCUGGAUCAAAUAAUUCUGCAAGAUACGAGAUUGCUUUGUUAUGUUUAGGGAUGAUGCACUUCUACUUCGGACAUCCCAAGCAAGCUUUGUUGGUCUUAACUGAAGCAGUGCUCAUUUCUCAAGUGGUAAAUCUUCUUACUUUAUGCUUACACUCGCCAACUCUUUUUUUUUCCCUAUAA